UGAAGAUAAUGGGCUGAGUUUGAUUCUUUUUGCAAUAUUUAUGGAAUAAUUUUAUAAAAGUUUUUCACUUUUCUCUUAAUUGUGUAAAUUUACAUCUUAAAUCAUACACGUGGGUUCAUUUUAAAGUAGUUCAUGCUUAAUUAAAAAAGGAUCUUUGUGAAAAAAGAACUUUCUUAUUGAUAAAUACACACUUGUAAGUAAUGAGAAAAAUAUAUAAACGUUCUCCAUAAUCAUAGCAGGUAAAAAGGAUGAAGUUGAUUAAGUAAAGGUAACUAGCCAUUAUAAGAUGUGAACAAGGAAUAAUAAUAAAUAAAAUAGAUACUAAAGUAGUUUCCUAUUGAUUAUGAACUGAUAAAUACUUAAAUUUUUUCCAAGUUUUUUUUUUCAAAAUUAUCUUUAUAAUAGAAUGAAAAAGGAAUAUAAUUGCCACAACAGAUAUUAU